AUGGCCGACCGCGGCGUUGAUUUGUCGGCUCUGCCUAAAGAGGUCAGGGACCAGCUGGCGGAGUUGGAUCUGGAGCUGUCCGAAGGUGACAUUACACAGAAGGGCUAUGAAAAGAAGAGGACCAAACUCCUGGCUCCUUACAUCAUCCAGACUCCAGUGGAGCCGCCCCCUCAGAAUGACCUGCAGGCUCCAGGUCCCAGCUCCUCAAGCCACGCCCCUCCUCCCUCCAGCUCAUCCCGUUACCGUGACAGACGAUCCCGCAGGACGCACCGCAGCGGAGGAACCAGGGAUGACCGUUAUAGAUCAGAUAUUCACACUGAAGCAGUGCAAGCUGCUUUGGCAAAACAUAAGGAGGAGAAGAUGGCACUGCCUAUGCCGACCAAACGCCGCUCCACCUACGUCCAGUCUCCCAUCGAGACCCGCACCCCACCAGACUCCUCAUCAGGUUCUGAAGAUGAGACGUCUGCGCGCAGACAGUCGUCACUGGUUGCUGCGCCCCCUGUGGUCAGUCCUAACCUGCAGAGCCCUGACUCCUGGAUCAACCGCUCCGUCCAGGGCUCCUCCACCUCCUCCUCAGCAUCCUCCACUUUGUCUCACGGAGAGGGGAAGCCCCAGCCUCAGUGCCAGCCUCAGCCUCAACAUCAAGCCCAGCCGCAGCACCAGCCCCAGCCCCAGUACAAGCCCCAGUACCAACCUCAGUACCAACCUCAGUAUCAGCCCCAGUACCAGCCACAGUACCAGCCUCACUACCAGCCUCAGCCCCAGCCACAGUGCCACCCGCAGACAGCAGCUGUGACAGAAAUGUUGGCUCACAGUCGUAUCGCCCCCUCAGAGAACAGCGGCCCCCCUCCUGAUGUGACGGCUGUGGCCCCCCCAACCAGAGGGCCAAGGGUGGACCUGCCCUCCAAUGCCGUGGUGCGUGGGAUGAGUCGUGGGCAGAGCCGCUCCAGCAUGAUAGAGACUGCAGACGGAAGAGGUAAUAUCCAGAGGGUUCCUGUGAGCAGCAGGGUGUCCACUAAGAUCCAGCAGCUUCUCAACACCCUGAAGAGGCCCAAGAGACCCCCGCUCAGCGAGUUUUUCACAGACGAUUCUGAGGAGAUUGUAGAAGUGCCCCAGCCGGACCCCAACACACCCAAGCCAGAGGGCCGUCAGAUCAUCCCAGUGAAAGGGGAGCCUUUAGGAGUGGUCAGUAACUGGCCCCCAGCCUUGCAGGCAGCCUUGGCUCGUUGGGGGGCCACACAGGGCAAGAGCCCCGCCCUCACUGCCCUGGAUAUCACGGGCAAGCCCCUGUACACACUGACCUACGGGAAGCUGUGGAGUCGCAGUGUGAAGUUGGCAUACACCCUCCUCAACAAGCUGGGCGCCAAGAACGAGCAGGUCCUCAAGCCGGGAGACAGGGUGGCGCUGGUGUACCCCAACAGUGACCCUGGGAUGUUCUGGGUGGCCUUCUAUGGCUGCCUGCUGGCUGAGGUUAUCCCUGUACCUAUCGAGGUACCACUCUCUCGCAAGGAUGCAGGUAGCAGCCAGGUGGGCUUUCUGCUCGGUAGCUGUGGUGUUGGUUUGGCUCUGACAAGUGAGAUCUGUCUGAAGGGACUCCCCAAGACCCCAACUGGAGAAAUACUGCAGUUCAAAGGCUGGCCUCGACUAAAGUGGGUGGUGACAGACUCAAAAUACCUGACCAAACCCUCCAAAGACUGGCAGCCACACAUCCCUACCGCCAACACUGAUCCUGCAUAUAUAGAGUACAAGGCCAGUAAAGAGGGCACAGUGAUGGGCGUGGCUGUUUCUAAGGUAGCCAUGCUGACCCACUGCCAAGCACUGACCCAGGCCUGCAACUACUGUGAGGGUGAGACUAUAGUGAAUGUCCUGGACUUUAAAAAGGACAUGGGUCUGUGGCAUGGAGUUCUCACAGCUGUCAUGAACAGAAUACACACCAUCAGUGUUCCUUAUGCAGUCAUGAAGGCUUGUCCUCUUUCCUGGGUGCAGAGGGUCCACAUCCACAAAGCUCGUGCAGCUUUGGUGAAGUGCCGUGACCUUCACUGGGCCAUGAUGGCCCAUCGGGACCAGAGAGACACCAGCCUGGCAUCACUACGUAUGCUCAUUGUUGCUGAUGGUGCUAACCCCUGGUCUGUGUCAUCUUGUGAUGCCUUCCUAAAUGUGUUCCAGUCCCACGGGCUGAAGCCUGAGGUCAUCUGCCCCUGUGCCACCUCGCCUGAGGCCAUGACAGUGGCCAUACGCAGACCGGGAGUGCCAGGUGCGCCCCUCCCUGCCCGGGCCAUCCUCUCCAUGGGCGGCCUGAGUCACGGGGUCAUCAGGGUCAACACUGAGGACAAGAACUCUGCCCUGACCGUGCAAGACGUGGGACAUGUGAUGCCUGGAGCUCUGAUGUGCAUUGUGAAGCCGGAUGGGCCUCCUCAGUUGUGUAAGACAGAUGAGAUAGGAGAGAUAGUUAUCAACUCCCGGGCUGGAGGCACCAUGUACUACGGCCUGCCCGGAGUCACCAAAAACACCUUUGAGGUGAUACCAGUUAACGCGAGUGGGGCUCCAAUUGGAGAGAUUCCAUUUGUGCGGUCGGGACUCCUGGGGUUUGUCGGUCCGGGCAGUCUGAUCUUUGUGGUGGGGAAGAACGAGGGUCUGCUGAUGGUGAGCGGACGCAGACACAACGCUGAUGACCUGGUGGCCACCGCCCUGGCUGUUGAGCCGGUCAAGACUGUGUAUCGUGGGAGGAUUGCUGUGUUUUCAGUCACAGUGUUUUAUGAUGAGCGGAUUGUAAUUGUAGCGGAACAGAGGCCGGAUGCCAGCGAGGAGGACAGCUUCCAGUGGAUGAGCCGAGUGCUUCAAGCCAUAGACAGUAUCCACCAGGUAGGCCUGUACUGCCUGGCUCUGGUCCCUGCCAACACGUUACCUAAGACCCCGCUGGGAGGCAUCCACAUCUCGGACACCAAGCAGUUCUUCCUAGAGGGCAACCUGCACCCCUGCAACAUCCUCAUGUGUCCCCAUACCUGCGUCACCAACCUGCCCAAGCCGCGCCAGAAACAGCCUGUGGGUGUGGGUCCAGCCUCCAUCAUGGUGGGCAACCUGGUGGCAGGAAAGAGGAUUGCCCAGGCUUCAGGCAGGGACCUUGGCAUGAUCGAAGACCAGGACCUUGUCAGGAAGCUCUGUAUGUGGCCCACUAUGAUGCAUCAGUAUUUGACAGAGGCUCUGCAGUGGAGGGCGCAGACAGACCCAGACCAUGUUCUCUAUGUGCUGCUUAAUGCCAAGGGGGUAGCAGUGUGCACAGCCACUUGUGUUCAGCUCCACAAGCGAGCAGAGAAGAUCGCUGCAGCGCUCACUGAGAAAGGCAGCAUCAACACUGGGGAGAAUGUCGUCCUGCUCUAUCCUCCUGGCAUUGAUUUGAUAGCCUCCUUCUAUGGCUGUCUCUAUGCUGGCUGUGUUCCUGUAACUGUCCGGCCUCCGCAUCCGCAGAACCUGGCAGCCACACUGCCCACUGUCCGCAUGAUCAUUGAUGUCAGUAAAGCAGCUUGUAUCCUUACCACUCAAAAUCUUACGAGGAUUCUGCGCUCCAAAGAGGCUGCCGCCACGGUCAACAUUAAAACAUGGCCAACAAUUAUAGACACAGAUGACCUUCCUCGCCGCCGCCCACCGCAGAUCUACAAGCCACCCACAGCAGAGAUGAUCGCGUACCUGGACUUCAGUGUGUCCACCACAGGCAUGCUCACUGGGGUCAAGAUCUCCCACGCGGCAGUCAGCGCUCUGUGUCGCUCUAUAAAGCUGCAGUGUGAGCUGUACUCCUCUCGCCAAAUAGCCAUCUGCUUGGAUCCUUACUGUGGUCUGGGCUUUGUCUUGUGGUGUCUUGCAAGUGUCUACUCAGGUCACCAGUCCAUCCUGAUCCCUCCCUUUGAACUAGAGAGCUGCCUAUCUCUAUGGCUGAGCACGCUCAGUCAGUACCGUAUCAGGGACACCUUCUGUUCCUACUCCGUCAUGGAGCUCUGCACCAAAGGCCUGGGCUCGCAGACAGAGUUACUCAAAGCACGGGGUGUGAACCUGUCAUGCGUGCGGAGCUGUGUGGUGAUAGCAGAGGAGCGGCCGCGCCUGGCCCUCACACACUCCUUCUCCAAGCUGUUUAAGGACCUGGGAUUGUCGCCCAGAGCCGUCAGCACUGCCUUCGGCUCCCGGGUCAACCUGGCCAUCUGCCUGCAGGGCACCACUGGUCCUGAUCCCUCUACAGUGUAUGUGGACAUGAAGUCCCUCCGCCAUGACAGAGUGAGGCUGGUGGAGAGAGGAGCACCUCAAAGUCUUCCUCUAAUGGAGUCUGGCAAGAUUUUGCCAGGUGUCAGAGUGAUAAUUGUAAAUCCAGAGACCAGAGGCCCACUGGGUGAUUCCCAUCUUGGAGAGAUCUGGGUGAACAGCCCUCACAGUGCCAGUGGUUAUUACACCAUCUAUGGAGAGGAGAGCCUGCAGGCUGACCACUUCAACACCAAGCUCAGCUUUGGGGACCCUCAGACCUUAUGGGCCAGGACGGGAUACCUGGGAUUCGUGAAGAGGACUGAGCUGCUGGAUGCCAGCGGGGAUCGUCAUGAUGCCCUGUUUGUGGUUGGCUCACUGGAUGAGACUUUGGAGCUGAGGGGUCUGCGUUACCACCCUAUUGACAUCGAGACCUCGGUGUCCCGGGCUCACCGCAGCAUCGCUGAGAGCGCGGUGUUUACAUGGACCAACCUGUUGGUGGUGGUGUCGGAGCUGUGUGGUUCGGAGCAGGAUGCACUGGACCUGGUGCCUCUGAUCACCAACGUGGUGCUCGAGGAGCACCACCUCAUCGUGGGUGUGGUGGUCAUUGUUGACCCCGGGGUUAUUCCCAUCAACUCCAGAGGAGAGAAGCAGCGGAUGCACCUUCGGGACUCUUUUCUCGCUGAUCAGCUGGAUCCCAUCUAUGUGGCUUACAACAUGUGAGGGGUCUUUGUCUUUGCUAUGCGGCCAAGCUGGGCUGGCCUUGACCUGAUUGGUUAUCACGUACAAUCUGGCUACUGGACCCUCAUUAUGGCACAUUAUGGACUACUGGCUGCACAGACAAGGCAACAGCGUAAACAAUGUGAAAGAGACAGGACACUGAAUCUAAUGUACCUAAUGUCUGGGACUGGACUGGUGUGGAGAUAUUCACUGUGUUUUAUAGAUUGAGUUUCGCCAGUGGGAUAGAGGCAAGUGAACUAAACAUGCCAAGACUGUCCUACUCAAACUGAAACUAAAUGAGUCCUGGUUGCACUCUCUACGGGGCAGACUGGCCUGUACAACAGAACUCCUUUGAAAAUCAGCUCUAUAUUAAUGUUUCUGUGAACGUCCACCUUAUUCUGUCGUGACCCCAAGCCUUUUAAGACACUCUCCCUUUUAUUCUCCUAGAAUAUCAAAGAGCUACUGAACCUAAAUUAACAACUUGAAAUACUUCUAAGUGCAGUGUUCAGACAAAUCCACACAAACGCACGUGCUGACCUCUCGCUCAUUCUCCACUAAGUAAAGGUGCUAAAUAAAAGAGGGCACAUGAAAACACACCAUAAUACUAAUCAUCAGUCUCAGUCUGUGUACACUGUUUAGAAAGUUGAUAUAGCCCCAGUGCUAUUAAAGCCAAAUAGACUUUAACAACUUUUGUGUUCCGAUUUAUUUCCUGCCUUACAAACCUUCAGCCAUACAUUCCUAUCUUAAUUAAUCUUAAUUAUCUUAAUUAAUCUAUUAUUAAAGGAACAAGCCAGGUUUUGGGGGAUAUUUGCUUUUUGUCUGUCUUAUCCAGCAUCAGACAAGAAGACUGAUCGUUCCAAAUGUAGCUGCAUUUAAACCAAUCUGGAUCUCAUCUCAUAUGCUUUAUAUUUUUAGCCGUCAAAAAGAUGCAAGAUGUAAUGUUGAAGUAGCAGCUUUGGGGAUGCCUGAAGGUGUUAUUUCCCUCACUUCACAUAAGCUGUGCUGGUGGCUUGUCCUCCUGGUCGUGCACCAAGCUAACUCAGUUCGCAUGCAGACCGUCUCUAUGUUUGUACUGGAUGUACAGGGAUGAAACUGAUACAAAUCUUCUCGUCUUGAUUGUGGGUGAGAGAUACCUCAUAGUGAAUUUCCCCAAACCUUGGUGUGUUCCUCUAAUGGCUGUUGAUCUAUUCCCUUUUGACUUUGAAUAGUGGUGGAAAUCAUAAAUGAUAUCCACAUGGAUCAAGAUUAUAGAAGAUCGAGGCCAUAUUCUGUACUGUACCUAUAAAGGCCUCCGUAUUUUAGAUAUACUGUAUGUUACUGUACAGGUAUUUUUUAACUGUAUAAAUGUAUAAAUGUGUGACUCAUCUCUCUUAACUAAAGGUUUCCAGAUAGCUAACCUAGCCGUGAGAUGACAAUGGUAGCAGAAAGAACGUUGUAAAUAAGAUUUUAACAAUUUUGAAAAUGAUAUAUUCACUAAUCCUAAAGCACCAUUAGUCAGGAUAACUAUAAUUAUUAACAUUGCACUUUCUCUAAAAAAAAUGUCUAUUUUAUUAUGAAAAUGAGGCAUUAUUAUUAUUAUAAUGGUUCAGGAGCAUAUACUGUCCUGAGGAAUCGUGCUUGUGGAGCUCAUGAGAGUUUACCUGGAGGGCUAUUGUUAUGAGUGCCAGAAUCUAUUCUUGUAGGUUACGGAAAACUUAUGAGAAAGACAUCAUUGUUUUGUGUUAAGAGAAUGCUCAAACCAAAAUGACUGUUUUCACUGUACCAGGUUAUUUUGAGAAAAAAAAAAGAAGAAAAGUAAGAACAGGCCCACAACUGUUGUUCAUUUAAUUCCUGACAUUGUAUAUUACAUUACUAAACAGUUAUGCCCUCUUACUUUUUGUAUUGCAUAAUAGAGCGAGUCUUUGAGAGACUGACCUUCCCUUUCGUCUUCACAGUCAGAAUUAAUUCAAGCUGUCUAAUGUCUUUGUGGAAUUUUGUAAUGCAUCACUUUGAAUACUAACUAGCGUGAUAUUGAAAAGGCUGUAGUCAAUCGCAUCAAGUCCUGAUGUUUCUGGAUUAUUUUCUUUUGUUGAAUCACUGGAACAAUAAGCCUGUGUAAAUGCAAUUGCAAAACUGAGCCACAUCUGAAAUGUUUUCAUUGAAAAUACAGGUAGUUAGUUGUGGAAAAAAAAGAAGAAAAGAAAAAAAAAGAGGAAGACUGGAGUUAAAAAUCUUUCACACUGAGAUGUACUCACAUAUUACUGUUUUAUAUGCUCCCUGCAAUUCUGUGCUCUCCUUGUGUUCCUUGCAAUAAUUUAUAGGUUCAUUGUAGUGGAUUAUUUGUCCAUGAUGAACCCUUAUUGUUAACAUGUAAAUAAGUUUGUUGUUUUGUAGCGUUUUGUAUUAAUAUUUAGAUUUUAAUUGUAUUUCUGUCCCAAUGUAACAUUCAUUCAAGCCAAACACAAUAUUAGAAGUAUGUUUGAUGAGAGAAGAAGUAAUCUAUUUUAAGAUGAACUCAUUGGAUUAUUAUCCUAUGAAUCCCUCUGAAUUAGAGCACUGUACACUGGUUGUACACACCAAGUUUGUAUGGGACUUUUGUGGACCGAAGAUGUUAGAAAAUUCUUUAUCCAUAUUUCAUAGUUCCAUAAAAUGUCCUAAUUUUAGUUAUAAACUGGUUGAGAUUUAGUUUCACCUAGUUACAAUGUCCACUUAGAGAAAGGAAAGGAAAAAAAUAGCAUCAUAUCUUAGCUUUGACUUUGCAUCCUAAGUUCGCAGUGGAAUGUUUGCAUGACUCAUCCAAGCACAAAAAGAAAACAGCUUGAGGCACAAGCGGGAAAGAUACUUUUUUAAGAAGACAUCUAUAUAUAUAAAUAAAUAAAUGUUUAUAUAUAUAUAUAAAUAUAUAUGUAAAUGUAUAUUCAGGGAACAAAACUCUGAUAACACAGGGAUGGACCAGAUGGUCCCUUGGUGCAAUCUGUGAAUAAUACCCAUGAUAAUGUAGAUGUUUGUCAAAGAACUCGCAUGUUAUUAAGGCAGACGUUGCAAACUUAAUGAGUGAAAAGAGAAGCUACCGACAACCCAGUGUCCAUCUGCCAUCUACCUGCUUCACUGGGAAGUCUACAAGGGCUUCCUUUGGUGUCCACUCUUUUUCUCUAUGAGUUCUUACUAUGCAAUCCCAAUGACAGUGCAGUUAAAUCUCAAAGCUUGCACAGCCUGGUGAAAAUAUGUGAUACAUUUUGUAAUACCUAAAAGCGAAAGAUUGACUAAAAUUUAACCAGUGGUGUACAUAAGACUAUCUUCAUCUCUCUUGAGUUGUUCUAUCAAUACUUUGUGUAUGCACUCUUGGUAUGUUGUAUUUUAAUUCUUUGGUGAAUUCAAAGCUGGUCCACGAGGGAGUGAUCCACUGAUGAAUCCUAGAUGCUAGGGAGAAUUUUAACUCAUAUAAUAAAUAAGAAAUACAGAUGGUAGAACCCUCCCCAUUUUUUCUCACUUAUUUUCUAUUUUGGUUUGUUGUACUUGCUGUUUUAUACAUUAUGCAAAAGUUAUGCAAAAUAAAAUCGUUUUACUCAUUG